UGCUAAUUAAUUAAAUACUCUUCAACGUCGAGAUUUCACGCUCCGCUUGUUGGUCUGUCAGUUCUUCGACAAAAACAUAGCGCCAAGGUUACUUACACCAUGCCGCCGUCGAACCAGCCAAAGACGGGGUGGGAGAUUGCUCUACAGGUCCAUCUAUCAUCGGCCACGCCCGCCCAUCGACGAAUCCUUUCGUCGGACACGACGCUAGUGGAUAUCGUGGGGAUCUUGCAACGAGCUCAGAAGAAGGCGAAGGGCGGUAAGAUCAACAAGCUCCUAGACGCAGUCGAUCGUGCAACUGCACCGCUCAGGGACUUUCAAAGUGUUGUCGAUGUUCUAGUCCAAGUUAACGCCGAGAUUGGAUCUGUGGUUUGGGCACCCUUGAAGCUCGUCCUCUUGGUUCUCGAAAAGCGUGGUCGCGGGUUCGAGAAACUAGCCGAGAAGCUAGAUACUCUCGUCGAUGCUCUGCCUCGAUACAACAUCUACAGCGACCAUUUUCGGGAUAACACCAUCCUUCAGAGAGCCCUGGGCAAACUUUACGUCAGCUACAUCGACUUCUGCCUCAGGGCCGCCCGGUAUUGGGAGAGUGACGGCUUAGUCAACUUUUUAAAGUCGGCGUCGGGCUCUUUCGACCGGCAGUUUCUAGACAUUUUUACAUCGAUAAAAAGGUGCCGGGAUGAAGUCGAAAAGACAGUGGCGGCUGUCACGCUGAUGUACGUGCAAGACGUGAAGCACGUUACGGCGGAGAUGAGAGAUGUUGGCAUCGCCCAGCGGGAGAGCGAGCAACGCGAGAAAACCCUGAGAUGGCUUUCCCCAAUCGACUUCGAGCAAGACAGCACCGCCUUCUCUAAACAAUGGGUCCAAGGCACUUCCCAAUGGAUCCUUCAGCUGCCCGAAUAUGUCAAGUGGGUCGGGUCCAGCCAAAAACACGAAGAAUCUCUCAAGUUGGGGUGGAUCAGAGGCGGUGUUGGGUCUGGAAAGACUUUCCUCGCGCACUUCAUCGCAGGAACCCUCGCCGCCAACAACUGCAAUGUUCUCCAGUACUUCUUCAACGCGAAGCAGGAACAGGGUCCCCGGCGCACCAACCUGUCUUUCGUCAGGACGAUUCUACAUCAGCUCCUAGUCAACGCCAAUCUCGACACAUCGUCGACCUUGGAAGCUCUUCUUUCCCUCCGGACGACCAGUGGGAAAUCCGAGGCCCACUCUGCAAAGAAUUUGUGGAACGAGUUGUUUCGGUGCGUGCAGGGCUUGACCGACACGCCAGUGUACUUGAUUGUCGACGCCAUAGACGAGGCCGAUCGAGGCGAACGGGAAGAUAUUCUGGAAUCGCUUACCAGACUUGUCUCCGUGUCACCAUCCGUGCGAAUACUCGUCACGGGUCGGCCAGACGAAGACGUUCUCGAAUGGUUUGACAAGUCAUCAAGGGCGAGCAACCUGGCAACGGUCAUUUCUGAGAUCAGAUUUCCGCCUACGGAAGCGGCCCGAGACAUCGAAACCUACAUCGAUAGUCGGAUUCGCGGGUCGAGCAAGCUGAGUCACCCAUCAGUGGCAGGAGAGAUCAAAGAUGCCGUCCUUGAGCGAGCAGAGGGGAUGUUCCUCUACGUCCGCCUCAUGCUCGACGAACUAGGGGGUGAAGCCUCGGUCGCAGCAGUCCGACGCCGUCUGGGGGAGUUUCCCAAGACAUUGAAUGGCUACUACGACAGUGUCUUCUCGCGAAUCAACAAUGGCCCCGAGAGUGCUCGCGAGCUGGCGCGUGAUCUUCUCGCGUGGAUCACAACUUCAUACGAGCCUAUGCAUGUCAACACUGUCCUGAUCGCACUCAAAAGCCAAGCUCAAUCUCGGACUGCGUUUGUCCCAAGCCUGACAGGUGGCAAUGCCGGUGACGAAUUUGAGCUCCUGGAUCCUCUGAAGGAAAUCAGGUCUAUCUGUUUUCCGUUGCUGGAGGUGACCGACAGCGGCAUUGUUCAGGUCGUACACUGCUCGGUUGCUGCGUACAUCCUCGCUCAAGGCACGAACUCCCAAGCCAACAGUCAGGGCCCGACCACCAUGCUCACCCUUCCACAGGCUAACCAGGAAAUUGCGCUGGCGUGCAUAUGUUUCCUACGCUGCUCCGCCAGGGAGUCCUCCAACCCGAACCGUACGACGCCGAACGAUGCGACACCGGAUGGUAGCUCGCUCUUCCUAGAGUAUGCGACAAAGUACUGGCCGGAACAUAUGUCGGAGUCUGAACAAGAUGUGUUGGUCCGGAUGCCACUGUUAUUCCAGGCCAUCAGGUUCGAACAGAAGUGGUUCCUGGAGUGGGUCGCACGACGGUCGGAGCAUGACUACAGGUUCAGGAAGACUCUUGGUCUGGAUGAAGGUGAUGAAGGUGCCCAUCCGUCAUGCCUCGAGAUUGCAGCGUACUUCGGCAUCACGUCUUGGGCCUCGUCAAUCUUGGAUGACGCCCCCCAAAACGCCCCCCUGUGGCCCUUGCCCAAUAUGAUCGCUGUGACCAGGGGCUCCUUGGGCGUCUUGCGCCUCUUUCACGAGCGAUCUUGCGCGAGUGGGAGCUGGAAUCGACAGGACGAAUUGCUUCUCCACUCCGCCGCUCGAAACGGACACGCUUCAGUGGCUCGCUAUCUGAUCGCCGAGGCGGGAUGCGACGUCAACGCCGUCGAUUCAUUCGGGAGAUCGGCUCUGAUGCAUGCUUGUUCCCGCGGACACUGGGCGGUGGUCGGCGAAUUGCUAGUACGAGGUGCCGACACGUCUCUUCUCUCGCGUGCCGGGUACAGCGCGGCCGAAGAUGCUGCCGCUGCCGGGGAUAUUCGGAGUCUCACGGCCCUACUUGCCAGAUCCAAGACCGGUGCAACAAGCAAGUGUUUGUUGCUAUCGUCGGCAAAUGGACAUGGCAGCGUUGUCGAGUUUCUUCUCCAUAACACCCCUCUCGACCCCAACGGAACGGACGAGAACUCUUGGACUGCUUUACACUGGGCAUGUCGGAAUGGUCACAGGGGGGUUGCAAAGCUGCUCCUCACCGGGGGCGCAACUGUCGAUGCCUGCGACAGCUUCCAAAGAACGCCACUCAACCGAGCAGUGCGGAUAGGGAGCUCUGAGCUUGUUCAGGCACUCCUGCAAGCUGGCGCCAGCCCGGUCAGCUGCGAUUCCAGCGGAUUGUCUCUUACCCACCUCGCCGCAGCUGGAGGUUUCAACGAAGUACUGGGUCUUCUCCUCGCAGAAGGAGUCGAUCCAAACACCGGAGCCUUCCCUCGAGGGCCUUUUCCGGAGACGACAUGGGAGCACUGGUGCGACUCGACUCCGUCUGGGCCGCCCCUCCAUCUCGCUGCCGAGAACGGGCACGCCACUACCGUCAGCUAUCUACUCGAGCGUGGGGCUGGGGUGAAUAAAAAGGGCAUCCAUGGCGAAACAGCACUGCAUAGAGCUUGCGCUGCCGGGCAGGAGGCAGUCGUACCGGUUUUGCUCGAGGCAAAUGCUGACGAUAACCUUGGCACCACGAGCACCAAGUUCCCGUUCCCGCUGGUUAUCGCCACCAAGAAUCUCCACGUCGGCAUUGUAUCUAUCCUUGCCCCAAGGGCGUGGUCUAGGUUGGACCCGAGCCCAAGUAAUGGCGUGGUCUCCUACUUACCAGCAUAUGGCUCAUCCAUACGUGGCGCUGUUGAAGCAGCAGUCGAAUGCGACAGCGUCCAAAUCCUGGCAACGCUGUUUUCACAUGCACCCCAGAAUUUGCAGGCACCGGCACAUGUUGGCCUGAGAAUCUUUGACAAGGUGUUUCGCAACGGCAACAUUGCCAUUGCGGAGCUUCUCGUUGGCCUAGGAUAUGAUCUUUCUCGCUCGACCAUGGAGCAUCAACAAUAUCCCACGCCGUUGAGCUAUGCCGUUGAGGGUCAAAAACUGCCCAUGGUUCAGCUUCUUUUGGGUCGGAAAGUUAGCCCGAUCGACUUCCAGCCGACGCCGAAUCCGACGUUUAACAACAUGUAUGCAGAUAGUCCAUAUUUCUCCCGCAACAAGCUCACAGCCCUUGAUAUGGCCGCCCUUGUGGGAAAUCUCGACAUCAUCGAGUUGCUCGAGAAGCGUCAAAGCCAACCACCGGAUCCGGAAGACCCGCAGAGCACUUGGCCGUGCUUGCUUGACCGAGCCACGCUUCUACCCCGGCUGAUAUACUUUGCCGAUAUCCGACAGAGGAUGCAGGCACAAUCGGGGAGUUGGAGACUUUAUAGCCACACCAAUGACUACGGUGUAAAGCCACACAACCCCCUGUGCAAUGCAAUCGCGAAUAACGACUUGGAAGAGGUCCAAGUUCAAAUCGCCAAGGGCAUCGACGUCAACCAACUGGACUGGGAAUUCGAGACUCCUCUCAUAAAGGCCGUCAAGGCUGGCGAUCCGGACAUCGUGGCCCGGCUACUCGACGCCGGAGCCGAUGUGUCUGUCGAUGCCUUGGACGGCACAUCGGUGGCAUCCAUGGCAUGCGAGGCUUUAAAUCCGAGGCUUGUGAAGGUGCUUCUGGACGCCGGGGCAUCCCCAAAGGGACUCACUCUGACUAAGGCAUGCCUUCGGCGGAACUUGGAACUUGUCAAGCUGCUUCUAGAUGCCGGGGUUGAUCCUAACCUGCCUCGAGGUACCACUACGGAUGAGCCUCCACUUUACCACGUCGUCGGAAGCUGGGACGAUGCCUUUUUUGUAAAGGCACUGCCGCUACUUCUCGAUGCCGGGGCGAGGGCAUUUGAUGAGACGUACACCGUCGAAACGGUCCUGCAUCUGGCUGCGGACCAUGGAAGAGUUUCGUCGAUCCAAAAGUUUGCAGGCAUGGGAGUUCCCAUCGAUGCCUGUGACAAAAAGGGACGAACGGCUCUACACCGAGCUCUUGUCAGCAAAAGUCCAGCAAUGAGAGAAGUAUGUGAGGAACUGCUCCGCCUUGGUGCCUCGACGGCGCAGAUCGGGAAACGGGGAAUAUCUGCGCUCCACAUGGCUGGCGGGGCCGGGAUUCUCUGGAUGGUGGAACGAUUAGUCCGGGCCGACUCGGGGCAGCGAGACGUCGAGACAAGAGAUGCAGAGGGCAAAACGCCGCUGAUGUGGGCAAUCGUGGGCGAUUGGGCGAACAGUCCCCAACGAGCCCUCCUCAACGGGACAUUCGUUGCGUCGUGGUCUAAGAAAGGGCUAGACGACCGCACGAAUGUAGAGACGGUGAGGUUUCUCCUCGACAACGGCGCCAACAUGGACACGGUAGACCACGACCAACGAAACGCACUCCACUGGGCCGCCGUGGUGGGAGAUGGGGACAUGAUGUCGACCCUCCUCGGUCGCGGAGCAGACGUCCACGCGGUGGACAAGAACAGACAGACCCCGCUGCAUCUCGCCGUCGUGUCCGGCGCCGUGGAAUGCGUGAGGAUGCUGCUCGCGGCGGGGGCGAACCCCAAUGCCAUAGACAGCGCCCCGACCGAGGGCAUCAGCAAGCAGCCCCUGAGGGCGCUCGAACUCACCAUCGAUAACCAGCCCUGCCAGAGCCCGCCGAUGCACCUCGCCUUCGGAGAGCUGGAUGGACGGCGCCUACACCAGAUGACGCGGCUCUUGCUCGACGCCGGGGCGAACGUCUUUGGACGCAAUUUCAACGGCGAGACGUGUCUGCAUGUUGCCGUCAAGGAGGGGAACGUCGCUGCCGUGCGGGAGCUCAUCUGUGCGAAUAGUUAUGAUAAUCUAUAUAUCGGGGUCAAGGAUAACAUGGGGAGGACUGCGAGGGACCGUGCUGAGCAGCUGGGUCAUGCGCAGAUUGUGGAGCUUCUGGGGGAGGCCGAGAAGGGGAAGCGAGGAGGUUGCCGGUACUCGCGGACGACUGUCAUUCCUUGAGCGAUUCUGGCACGGAGGAAGAGUUUGAUCACGGCCUUAUGCGUAUCAUGAAACAAACAGCCUAUGACAUUGCCUGGCACACAGUCGUAUCGCCGUCUCCUCUGCAGAACCCAUUGGUAACCAUGUUGCCUUUAUACUUGUCAAACCGGGCGUUCAAGAUCAUUCUGAAAACUCCGACGGGCAAGACUAUCAGUAUGCCGUAUGCCGCAUCACAGGCCGAGCCAGCCAAUCAGGACAAUGCACCUCCCGCAUGCCUCCGAAAAAAGAGGCACCCGACCGGCCCCGCAUUUACGUCACUCCGCACGGCAAGGAAAGGCU